AUUCCACCACCUCACCGCACUCCCCGACCAGCUCCACUAUUUUACCGCUCAGACCGGACACCUCACUCCCCAACGCUCAGACCAGCCAGAGACCGUUCCUCCCUCCGUCCUCGAGCUCGACACCCCACACCUCUCACCUCGCCGCUCACCUGCCAACCAGAAGCACACACGGCCCGCACGGCCAGAGAGUGAAGCGAGCAAGCAGCACAGCGCGAGGAGGAACAUGUCCGUGGCGCAAACCUAGCUGCCCAUUGCGUACUCUUCCACGGCCGGACGCAGCAAUGGUGGCCGGCAGGGUCAAGGCGGCCAUGGGCUUCCAGCGCAGCCCGGCCACGCCCAAGACCUCCUCCUCCCGCAAGGCACCGCCACCGCCACCGUCGCAGAGCACCGCCCCCGUCCCGGCGGCGGCGCGGCGGCCCUCGGGCCAGUGCUCGCCCGCGCCGCCCAGCUCGGGGGGCAAGGGCGGCGGCGGCGGCUCCUUCGCGCGCUCCUUCGGGGUCUACUUCCCGCGCUCCUCCGCGCAGGUGCAGCCGGCGCGCGCGGCCACGGCGCCGGACGCCGCCGAGCUCGCCCGCCUCGUCGAGGAGCUGCAGGAGCGCGAGUCCCGCCUGCGCACCGAGCUGCUCGAGCACAAGAUCCUCAAGGAGACCGUCGUCAUCGUGCCCUUCCUCGAGACCGAGCUCGGCCGGUGCCGGGACGCCAUGUCGCGGCUCCAGGCAGAGAACGCACGCCUGCGCGCCGAGCUCGACGCCGCCGUGGCGAAUGUCUCCAGUAAAGAGCAGAGGAUUGCCGAGAUGGAGAGGCGGAUGGCGGAGAUGGCGAGGCCGCCGCAGCGUGGUGGCGCCGACGAUUGCUCGUCGUCGGACGGCUCCACCAAGGCGGGAGGAGGCGACACGGCGGCCAAGCCAGCGAGCAAGCCCGUUCUCCCUCCUCCACCACCACCUCCGCCGCCUCCAAUGCGGACACACGCCAAGCCCAAGUCGUACUUCUCCGGCUCGUCCCGCGCCUCGCCGGCCACCUCCUCCUCGUCCGGCUCGUCCACGCCGUCCUGCUCCUCCGACACGGCGGCAUCCACGGGCCGCAAGCCGGAGCUCUCCAAGCUGCCCCCGAUACCCCCGCCACCGCCGCCGCCGCCCCCACCGUCAAUGCCGGCGCGAGCAACCCGGAGCGCGAGCGCGAGCUCGCCGCCGUGGACCUCAAGCGGCGCGGCGCCGGCGCCCCCGCCCCCGCCUCCCCCACCACCCCCUUCUGGCCCGUGCGUGCGGCGCGUCCCGGAGGUCGUCGAGUUCUACCACUCGCUGAUGCGGCGCGACUCCAAGAGGGACUGCGGGGGCGGCGCGUGCCCCGAGGCCGGCGGCACGGGCGGCUCCGGCGCCGCGAACGCCCGGGACAUGAUCGGCGAGAUCGAGAACCGCUCCUCGCACCUCAUCGCGAUCAGGUCGGACGUGGAGAGGCAGGGCGACUUCAUCCGCUUCCUCAUCAAGGAGGUGGAGGGCGCCGCGUUCGUCGACAUCGACGACGUCGUCACCUUCGUCAAGUGGCUCGACGUCGAGCUCUCACGCCUCGUGGAUGAACGGGCAGUGCUCAAGCACUUCGACUGGCCGGAGCAGAAGGCGGACGCGCUCCGCGAGGCGGCGUUCGGCUACCGCGACCUCAAGAAGGUCGAGGCGGAGGCCGCAUCAUUCUGCGACGAUCCGCGGCAGCCCUGCGCUUCUGCUCUCAAGAAGAUGCAGGCCCUCUUUGAGAAGUUGGAGCAUGGGGUGUACAGCCUGUCCCGUGUGCGCGACGGCGCCAUGAACCGGUACCGCGGGUUCCAGAUCCCAUGGGAGUGGAUGCAGGACACCGGAAUUGUCAGUCAGAUAAAAAUUCAGUCAGUGAAACUAGCAAGGAAGUAUCUGAGAAGGGUUUCCUCCGAGCUGGAGGCCACGCAGGGCGGCCCCGACGAAGAAGAGCUCAUGCUCCAGGGAGUCCGGUUCGCCUUCAGAGUGCACCAGUUCGCGGGCGGAUUCGACGGCGACACGAUGUGGGCCUUCCAGGAGAUCAAGGAGAAGGCGAACGUGCUCCAGUCGCAGCGCGAUCAGCAGCACCUGCAACAGCAAAGGCUCGCCGCUGGCAGAAGCUGAGACCAGACCUAAGAGUACCAUAUACCGUUCGUUGUCAGAGGAAAGUUCAUAUGUUUCCUGUAACGAAAACACUUCACACAAUUUAUCAUGAUCAAUGAACACUUCUUCGUUCUCACUGAA